UAUAGAUGGAGCAGGAGAUAGAGAACAUAGAAUCUCAAACUUCCUACAUAACAACAUUACAAGGCGAAGCACCUGACAUCUCUUGCAAGGGGAAUCCCUCCGUAACUCUAAAGUUCCGCGAUGUUACUUACAAAAUUAAGAGCAGAAAGGGGGGAUUUCUGAAGAGCAAAAUAGAAGAGAAAGUAGUUCUGAAUGGAGUGGCAGGAAUGGUUAAACCUGGUGAAAUUCUUGCCAUGUUAGGUCCCUCUGGGAGUGGCAAAACUACUUUGCUAGCAGCAUUGGGAGGCAAGCUUGGUGGGAAACUCUAUGGAAGCAUAACAUAUAAUGGCAAAGGCUUCUCAAAUGCAAUGAAGAGGAAAACAGGUUUUGUGACACAAGCUGAUAUUCUCUAUCCCCACUUGACUGUGACUGAAACUCUAGUGUUCACAGCCUUUCUCAGAUUGCCAAGCAGUUUAUCCAAAAAGGAGAAAAUUCAGCAUGCAAAAGCUGUGAUGGCUCAACUUGGUUUAACCAAGUGCAAGGACAGCAUCAUUGGAAGCCCAGUUCUUAGAGGUGUUUCUGGUGGGGAGAAAAAAAGGGUUAGUAUUGGACAAGAAAUUCUCAUAAACCCAAGCUUGCUAUUUCUGGAUGAGCCAACCUCUGGCCUAGACUCAACAACAGCUCAAAGAAUUGUCUCAAUUUUGUGGGAACUAGCAAAUGGAGGGAGAACCGUUGUCAUGACCAUACAUCAACCUUCAAGUAGGAUUUACUGCAUGUUUCACAGGGUGUUACUGCUUUCAGAAGGAAACCUACUAUAUUAUGGAAAUGGAUCUCAAGCUAUGGAAUAUUUUACUAAUAUUGGAUUUGCCCCUACCAUGCCAUUCAACCCCUCAGAUUUCCUUUUGGAUCUUGCAAAUGGUGUCUACACUGGUCAAUCGAAUGAGGACAAUGCCUUAAAUAAGAACAAAUUGAUUUCUGCAUAUAGGAACUACUUUGAUGUCAAAUUUAAGCCAGUGAUACAAGAAAUUCCAGACUACGAUAAAACUCAGGGUAGAUUUGAAAGCAAUAAAUUUGGGGAAUGGCCUACCAGUUGGUCAAAUCAGUUUCUUGUACUGCUAAAAAGAGAUGUCAAAGAGAGAAAAUAUGCAUCAUUUUCUGGCCUGAGGGUUUGUCAGGUUCUUCUGGUUGCUCUUAUUACAGCGUUACUAUGGUAUAAGUGUGAUGUUUCACGCUUGCAGGAUCAGAUUGGAAUUCUAUUCUUCCUUACUAGCUUUUGGGGUAGCAUGCCUCUUUAUCAAGCAAUAUUCACUUUCCCCCAAGAGCUAAUGAUCCUUGAGAAGGAACGAUCCUCUGGAAUGUACAAGCUCUCAUCAUACUUCAUUUCAAGGAUGGUUGCUGACCUUCCAAUGGAGCUCGUGCUUCCUACCAUAUUCAUCACCAUAAUCUAUUGGGUGGUAGGGUUGAAAAACAAUGUGGUAAAUUUCUUAUGCACACUUGUCAUUAUUGUACUCGAUGUGUUGGUUUCACAAGGACUAGGCCUUGCCAUUGGUGCUAUUGUAAUGGACCAGAAAUCCGCAACCACACUGGCCUCAGUGAUUAUGCUAACUUCUAUUUUGGUUAGUGGAUACUAUAUUCAACAUAUGCCAAAAUUUGUAUCAUGGCUCAAGUACUUCUCCAUUAACUACUACAUAUACCAUCUCCUGAUGGGGUCUCAAUAUAGCUCAAGUGACACAUACCCAUGUUCUCAUGGAAAGUGUUUGGUUGCAGAAUAUCCUUUGAUAGAACAAAAGGGGUUACAUUUUCAAGGGAAACUCACGGCUGCAUCGGCUCUAUUCAUAAUGCUUAUAGGAUACAGAUUAGUGGCUUAUUUGGCUCUCAUGAAAAUUGGGAACACAAAGAAAAUGCGAUAAGAGUCUUUAGUUCUAAUCCAGUUU